AUGUCGGUGAGCUUUCAACAAAGUUUCACUUGGACAACAGAAAACGAAAAACCGGUUCAACGUUCAGCCAUGGAUGUCAUGACUGAGAAUUUGCUUCUUCCCGCGGACAACGGGGACUUUGUUCUCUUACGUUUCCUCUCAUUCGUUGAAAUCCUAUACGCAAAGCGCCUGGUAGUCGCCAUGACCGAACGACUCCAUGAUUCCAUUGGUCGUUGA